UUUAAAAUGGCGAAAAAUAUGAGAUCAAUCCCGGUGAUCUUAAUGUGUUGUUUGGUAAUUGUGAAAGCUUUUAAUAUUGUCGUGAAUAUCAGUUCAGAUACUACACUAACGUCGAGUCUAACAUGCAAAUGUGCAUCGGAUGGAAUUCAUGUGGAUAUAUAUGUGAAUACCACUCACCACGGAUCACACUCAUCUGUCACAGAUCGCAGUAGAAGUAACAAAUCGACAGGAAAUAUCGAUGAUAAAUCGCCAAAGACUAGAAGAGCUGGUGAAUUAAGCGAGAAAAAAUGUGGGACGUACUAUCCACCGACUCCGAUUCCAUAUAUGACACGCAGGAGAAGAUAUGAGCAAAAUCCAUUAUCUGGACAAUCCGCCCCAGAAUAUGAUGUUCAUCAUCUGUAUAAGGGAAAGCAGACCCUCGCAAGAGAAUUUCCACACAUGGCACUAAUUGGGAGGGUUAAAAAAAAUAAUAGUUUUGUUCAAUGGUUCUGUGGAGGAUCUUUAAUCAGUCAUAGUUUCGUUUUGACUGCGGCACACUGCUUAAUUUCGGACAAAUUAGUUGUCCGUUUGGGGGAAUUGGACACAUCCACCGAAAUGGACGAUGCGAAUCCACAAGACAUUGGAAUUAAAAAAUUGUUUCCACACCCCGAAUUCAAUACGUCCACCCACUACCACGACAUCGGUUUGAUAGAGCUAGAGAAACAAGUGACAUUAAGCGGUUACGUUGCCAUAGCUUGCUUGGACAAUCAUAAGGAAGUGGAUGAACAACAUAUGUUAAAGAUCACUGGUUGGGGUCAAACUGAGUUGGCCGGGCGUCAUAAUAGUUACCUUUUGAAAGGUAACGUAUAUGUGAAACCUCACAUCGUCUGUAAGGAAAGUUAUAAGAAAACUUCCAAGUUGCCAAUCGGGAUUAGAGACGACAUUCAGAUUUGUGCAGUCGGUCCAGAUAAUGAAGAUACGUGCAAGGGAAAAAUCUUGACGUGGUGGAACAUUUCUGAUGACUCUAUGAUCUUCAGCGGAUCAAAAUACAGGGUGAUUCUGGAGGACCUCUGCAAGCUUUUAAAGAAUUUUACGGAACCACUCGAGUAUACAGUAUCGUAGGAGUCACCUCUUUUGGUUUACCCUGUGGAUACUCAGACCAAGACUAUCCAGGUGUAUAUACGAGAGUUUAUUAUUACCUUUCCUGGAUAGAAAGUAUCGU